AUGACAAAAGAUUUUUACCGUCAGCUAGAUCCCGUUGAGGAGAAGAUUGUUCCACCAGAAAACGCUAUAGUAAUUUCUUCGGAGGCCAAAGAGGCUACUGUUAAUGAGAAGGAAGCCAAGCAAGGUGUUCUUUCGCAAAGGGUUAUGAAAUAUAUUGGAGAAAAUGAGCUGGUAGACGGUAUUUCAGUACGUGAUCCUGACUACUUGAAGAGGUUUUUCAACGAAAGAAGAAAACAAUUUUCCGCUAAAUGGGACAAGGUGACAAAUAAAAUAGAUGAUAUCGCAGGCAGAUAUUAUGCCCGUGAAGAGAGCUUUACAUCAACAAUUGCUAGUUUACAUACCGAUCCAAACGAGCGCCUAAUACCGGGGUUGUUGUCCAUUUUGGUUGCUUCCAUGACAGGUUCCGUUUUGGCAAGAAGAAGAACAUGGCUUCUUCGUGCAACCAUGCCCAUUAUACUGGGGUCUUGUUGUUUUGCGUAUGCAAUGCCAACAACCUUCAGGAACACCAUGGGUCUCAUCCAUAAUCUAGAAAUGAACACCUUUCCACACUUUACCGAAAGACAAGAUCGUGUUUGGAAAGAAACAAAGAGAUUAAGUACCGCGUCUGUGCAAUACUACUAUGAUGCCAAAAAAUGGUUGAACAAAGAUGUAGAAAAAACAGGGAAUGCAAUCAAAAAUUGGACUGGCGUUAACGUGAAGUGA